UCCAGAAACAGAGCAUUCUGUCCCUCCUGGAGAGGGUCAUGUUGGGAGAUAUUUACGCCACGUGGAUCCCGAGAGUCUUGUUUUUUUUUUGUUUUUUUUUGAGAUUGUGAAACGCGUCCUGCAUAAAUCACUGAGGAUGGAGAAGAACCGGAGUCACACAACAGAGAGGAUACUAAAUAUCACCCUAGAGAUCAUCUACCUGCUGACUGGGGAGGAUUAUACCGUAGUGAGGAAGACAUCCGGUGGUCAUCUGACACCCCCCAGCUGUGCCUCCAUCACUGUGCCUCCACCUCACUCACUGAUACAUGACCAAAAGAUCCUGGAACUCACCAACAAGAUCAUUCAGCUGCUGACUGGAGAGGAGGGGGAGUAUAUAGAGGAACACAGAGGUCUGUACAAGGACGUGAUGAUGGAGAAUCACCGGACCCUCACAACACUGGAUGGGCCCAGUAACAGAGAUACCCGAGAGAGAUGUCCCCGUCCUCUGUAUUCCCAGGAUUGUACAGAGGAGAAUCACAGGACCCCACAGGAGUAUCAGGUUGAAGGUCUGACUUAUAUUAAAGUAGAGGUUAUAGAGGGAGAAGAAGAGACGUGUAUGAGGGGUGUUCAGCAAUGUAAGGAGGAGGAAAUCCCUACAGAAAUCAGCACAGCAGAUGAACCGAUGGGCGGGAAUACCUCGGAGGGACAUCUAACUUUGUUUCCAGACUUCAAAUUAGAAGAGAAGAACAUGACACGGGAUUCUGCAGGAAAAAUCCCCAUUACCCCAAUUAUAUAUCCUGUACCUCACAGUGCAGAUAUUUCAUCUCAUCCCUCUAACCAUGAGUGUAACAUUAAUUCAGAUGUUUCUACACAUAAUGCAGCUCCUACAGAUGCUACAGUCUAUCCCUCUUCUGAAUUUGUUAAAUGCUUUAAUAAUCAGUCAGUCUUUAUUAGACAGAAGAUGCACACACUUAACAAACAACAUCUGUGCUCUGAGUGUGGGAAAUGUUUUACAUAUAAAUCAAAACUUAUUACUCAUCAGAGAAGUCACACAGGUGAGAGGCCAUUUCUAUGUUCUGUGUGUGGGAAAUGUUUUACACACAAGUCAGUUUUUGAAACACACCAGAGUCUUCACACAGGUGAGAGACCAUUUCCAUGUACUGAGUGCGGGAAAUGUUUUAUACAGAAAUCAGCUCUUGUUAUACAUCAGAGAAGUCACACGGGUGAGAAGCCAUAUCCAUGCUCUGAGUGCGGGAAAUGUUUUGCACAGAAAUCAGCUCUUGUUAAACAUCAGAGAAUUCACACAAAAUGAAAACCGUAUUAUUGAACGGACUGAUAUGAAAGGGAAUUGCAGUAAUCUAAAUAUUGUAAAAGACUUUGAUAUUGAUAUUUACAACUGGAUUACGGAGUGUAUUCUCAAAGGUAUAUUAACAUCACCUAUUCAUUAUGGAGGGCAUUUCAAUAUUCGAGUCACUCCCUCCCACACACAUAGGAGGAAUGUGCGCCAUCACUAUAAGACUGGAACAGAGCGCAUAUGUAUGGAUCUUAUUGCAAUCUACUUUUCUGCACGGUUCAUAGGGUAUCCACAGGAUAACAAUGGAAUAUAGUGGAGCGACAGCGGAUAUGCACCAAACGGUCAAAGGUUUUCGGCCUCCCAGCAUGCAAUGGGCCUAUUCAUAUCUCCCCGCCUCCUAGCUCAGGCGAAUCAGUUUUUGUUUGGUGCGGCAGGAGACGGACCAUGGUCAAUGGGCUGCUGGUUUUUAGCAGCCCUAAGCUUUUUUAUUUUAUUUUUAUAGUCUUACUAUUUUUCUGAGUGAUCUUUCUAAAAAGCAUCCUAUAUGUACCUUAGAAAGAGUCGCUCCAACAACUCUCCGCCAGGUCGCGACAACGCUUACCCACGGGUACAGUGCUGUUUCGGCGGGCAUCUGUGUCAGAUAAAACUAUUUAGUCCAGCAGAUGUUACCAGGCUGUGGCUGGAGCAUGGGAAGAAGGUAAGGCAUCGGUUCCGCUUAGAGGGGGAACACGGACACAGCCACACUGUUUUGGGAGGAGACUGCAAAGCAGUUGCUGACGCGGCUGCCACCGAAAGUGCACCAGCACUAGGCCUUAGAGUUCAUAGGCUCCUGGGGUAGCAUGAGGCCGUGAUCCCUAUGGUUGAUGUCAGCAGUGGGGAGUCAGACGCUCCCCUGGUUGCCCCUCCCACCAGUUCAUGACCAGUUUCCUCCGAGUCUCCCGCCAUGAACUGUGUUUCCCGCUUCCGUCUGAGACGCUGUGUACUAAGGGGACCCAGUCGCAGCAUACUCGUGCGUCAGUGUUCACUUGGGCGUCUGUGUUCACUAUAGGUUCACGGAGCGGUGGUGUACACUAAUAGGGUCUGGAUCCACUCAGCGUUCACUACGUAUUGAUCGGUUCUGGGUACAGGUUAUACAGCACUAAGGGGGUCAUUCCGAGUUUAUCGCUAGCGGUUUUCGGUCGCUGCGCAGCGAUCAGACAAAAAAUCGGCACUUCUGCGCAUGCGUAUGCAGCGCACGCGCGUCGUACUAUUACAACGAACGAUGUAGUUUCACACAAGGUCUAGCGAAGCUUUUCAGUCGCACUGCUGACCGCAGAGUGAUUGACAGGAAGAGGGCGUUUCUGGGUGUCCGUUUUUAUAUUGUACAAAAAGUAUAUCUAGCAAUAAUUAAUGCAUCAAUUAUCCAUAAUAAAAUUAAAUAAACCAUAAGCAAUAUAUAAACAUAUAAUAAAUAUUUAUUGGCAUCACGGAGAGAGUGUCAAAAUGAUUCAAUUAUAAUCACAUUAGACAAUAAAUCAAAUAUAGCUUUUGAACUCACUUUUUAUUAUGGAUAAUUGAUGCAUUAAUUAUUGCUUGAUAUGCUUUUUAUACAAUAUGUCAUUAUGUGGAGUAUUGAAAGUUUAGUAAAGACUGCUUAUUGAAAUAGAUUAUGCACACCUAUUGGAAAUUUGGUGAUUAGGUUGUGAAAAGACACCUAUUGGGUGAUCAAUUCCUUAAAUACUUCCACUACCAAGUGAUGGGAGUACCUUCUGAGGAAACAGAUAUUUCUGACAUUGGAGAAACGCGUAAGGAUCGACUGCACAUCUUCUCAUUACAGCUGCUACGCUGUUCCCACCCACCGUUGGUAACCACGUACUCCAGUAUCUCACGGUUAUGCAUUUGCUUUCAGGAAAAACCCUCCUCAAAGGUUAUUUUUGUACAAGCCCGUCUUUGAUAGAGAUGUAGGACAGGGCUUUGCAAGAGGCAGUUCAGGUAUUGGGGGUCAUUCCGAGUUGAUCGCACGUAGCAACUUUUUGCUGCUCGUGCGAUCAACUAGACGCCGCCUAUGGGGGGGUUUAUUUUAGCAUAGCAGCCCACUUGUGCAGCCCUGCUAUGCUAAAAAAGUUUCAAAGAAAACAAGACUAGCCCUGCAGCUACUCACUCAGUGCGACGGAUCCAGUGAUGAAGGUCCCGGCUGUGACGUCAGACAUCCGCCCACUAAACGCCUGGACAUGCCUGUGUUCGCCUGGACACGCCCGGGAAACGGUGAGUAGACGCCCCGAUCCUCCUUCCCGCUGUCAAUCUCCUUGUGAUCGCUUUCAUCGGUCCUGGCAUCGUUGCCCGGCGACGACGCGCAUGCUCAAUGCGGGCGCAGCCGCAGUUACGAAACGUUCGCACCGCAGCGAAGAACAUCCUGCCUUGAGCUUUGGAAAACAACUGAUUUGCCUGAGCAUGGCGGCGGGGAAUAUAUGGAAGGGCCCGUUGCAUGAUGGGAGGUCAAUAAGCUUUGACCGUUUGGUGCAAAUCCGCUGUCGCUCCACCAUGUCCCAAUGUAUCCUGUGGUCUUAGGAGAAAUACCGUUAUCAACAGUAAGUUCUUACCAUAACGUAUAUAUUCAGUUAGAUGUCAGUAUCUGUUAUAAAUCUUCACUGUGUUUUGCCAAAGCCAAGGAAUUGAUUUGUUUUGACUGUUGUCUUUUUUCUAUCAAAUAAAUUUUUUUUUAUACAUUUUGACAGGCGUACAACCAGCUCCAAUUGAUUGAACCUGUCAAUCUUUAUGUCUGAUAGACGUGAUAAGAAACUUUCAUGCCUAGUGGAGACUAGAGACAAUGGGUAUUGUGCAUGGUGUGAGGAGCCUGGGCUCUUUGACACUGGUGCCAAGUCAAAGCUCCUCUUCAUUAUAUACCGCGACCAGUCCAUACGACAUCAGUUUCUAUUAGUGCCCGAGUAUGGCCGGUGUUCUGAGCUGCACUCCAGCUUGUUUUGAAUUUGGUCAUUUCUCUUACGUCCUAGUGGAUACUGGGGAACUGUACUUUAGUACCAUGAGGUAUAGAGCGGGUCCACUGGAUCAUGGCACUUUAAAACCUGUAGUGUGUAUGUGUGUGCUGGCUCCUCCCCUCUGUGCCCCUCUUACUAGACUCAGUCUGUCACAGAAAGGUCCCUUCAGCCAAGCAGCGAGCGCAACGUCCUGGCACUCUGCUGAUUGGCUAUGCGCGUCUGAGCUGUCAGACCGCGCAUCGCAAAGCCUCUCCAUUAUAUUCA